AUGGAGAUAGACAGAACUCUUUACAUUUCUAACUUACCACCUGACAUCUCAGAUGUUAUUGUUUAUGAGCUUUUCCUUCAGGCAGGUCCUGUAGAAAGUGUUUCUCUUAAAGGAGGUUAUGGUUUUGUAACAUUCGAAGAUGAAGAAUCAGUGUUGUAUUCAUGUUCCCUUUUUGAAGGCGUAAGGCUAUACAAUUACGAGCUCAAAAUUAAACCACGCCAGGGAUCUAAGUUUGCGGACAUUCCCAUCAAACAGUAUCCUCCUUAUGCUUUUGAUAACCAACCUCCUACAUGUUCUGAAUCUGGUUACGAUCGUCAUCGCGGUUACGAUCGACCGGAUGAUAGAAAUAGAUAUCCCCCAAUUGCCUUUCCUUCAAUUCCCUAUACGCAUGAGCCGCGAGGAUACUCUGGAUUUCCGGUUCUUUCUAGUAAAAUGCCACUUUUGGCUACCCCAUCCAGUAGCCGAAGGAGAUUUCGCGAACCACCGCCCCUUGUUCAUGAUCGCCGUUAUCGUCCUUAUUGA